AUGGCUCGUAUGCAUGUGCUCGCCGAUGCGCUGAAGGCUAUCGUCAACGCCGAAAGGGCCAACAAGAAGCAGGUCCUCAUCCGUCCUUCUUCUAAGGUCAUCGUCAAGUUCCUCCGAGUCAUGCAGAAGCAUGGCUACAUCGGCGACAUCGAGAUCAUUGACGAUAAGCGCGCUGGCAAGAUUGUCAUCAACCUCAACGGGCGCAUCAACAAGUGCGUGUGCAUCAACCCCAGAUAUGACGUUGCCAUCAACGAUAUGGAGAAGAUCACCUCCCAGCUGUUGCCUUCUCGUCAAUUCGGCUACGUCGUGCUGACCACUUCCAAGGGAAUCAUGGAUCACGAGCAAGCCAGAAGGAGCCAUCAGGGUGGCAAGAUCCUGGGUUAUUUCUUCUAG